GUUCCCGACACCAGCCGCCUCCCCGCCGUCUACUUCCUGUACGUGCUCGGCUCGGGCGGUCACACGACCGAGAUGCUCGAGAUCAUCAAGCGCCACUUCAAGCCGCAGAGCAACCAGCACCGCCGCUACCUCGUCGGCAUCGGCGACCAGGACUCGCUCGACCGCGUCAUCAAGCUCGAGGCCACCAUCCGCCGCGCCUACGACCGGGAAUCCGCCGGCACGAUCGACGCGUUCCACGUGCCGCGCGCGCGUCGCGUGCACCAGCCGCUGUGGACGGCGCCGCUGACCUGCCUGCUGACGGCGGUGCACGCGGUCAACGCGCUGACGCGCGAGCCGGACGCGCGGCCGCGCACCCGCCACGGCGCGCAGUUCAAGUACCCGCACGUGGUGGUGACCAACGGCCCCGCGACGGGCUUCAUCGUGUGCGCGGUCGCCCACCUGCUCAAGCUGUUCUGCCUGGUGCCGCCGGGCCGCCUUAAGAUGGUGUACGUCGAGUCGUGGGCCCGCACCCGCUCGCUCAGCCUGACCGGCCGCCUGUUCCGCUGGUCCGGCAUCGCCGACGUCUUCUGCGUCCAGCACGAGCGCCUCGCCCGCGCCGUCCCCGGCGCCCUCUACGUCGGCCCCAUCGCCGCCCCGCUGCCGCCCCCCGGCUAG